UGCAGUAGUGGUUGACUGGAGUAGUUUAGUGUCUAGUGCGCGAUAGCAAGUUUGCAGGCAAACAAAACAAAAAAAAGUUACGAGUUUUAAGUUGGCCCAAUUUCUCCCAACAACUGGGCAACCAUCGAGAGACCACAUACAAAACAAAGAUGAUCGUGUUACGAUCACACGUGCUGGUACUGCUCGGUGUGCUAGUGGUCGCGUACGCGACGCGUGCCAAUGCUCAAAGCUGGCUUAACACGUUACUCGAGCAAUCGAACGGGACGCUCGAUGUGAGCACAUUUCCUGGCGAGCAGUGUUUGCGCGAGUGCGACAAUACCCAGCCACGAAUAUGCCACUUUUCCUGGACGAUGGAACACUACCACGUGAUGGGACCUGCCUGCCGGGACUGUGCGAAAGGCAACCAUACGGACUGCUACCAUCCGGCCUGCAUAACGGCGGACGGUGUGGAACGGGGCGUCAUGAGCCUGAAUCGCAAAAUUCCCGGCCCAACGAUUAGCGUCUGCCGGCACGAUCUGAUCGUGGUCGACAUAACGAAUGCGAUGGCGGGCACAUCGGCCGCCAUUCACUGGCACGGGCUGCAUCAGCGAGCAACGCCCUACAUGGACGGCGUCCCGUUCAUUACCCAAUGCCCGAUCGGAUUUGGCAAUACGUUUCGCUACGCCUUCCUAGCAACGGAACCGGGCACACAGUUUUACCAUUCCCAUUCGGGCCAUCACAAGGUUAAUGGGCAUUAUGGAGCGUUGAUCGUACGGGAGCCAAAGAGAGCGGAUCCGAACGGUGAUCUCUACCACUACGAUACACCGGCACACGUAAUUCUCGGCUCAGAUUGGAUGCACAUCGAUGGGGAGAUGUUCAUGCCCGGUUUGCCUUCCGCCGGCGGAAUUAUGCCGAUCAAUCUGCUGAUCAACGGAAAGGGCACGUAUCACGAUCCGAAGAAGAAUGAAACUACCCAAACACCGUUGGAGGUGUAUACGGUACGGCGUGGGGCACGGUUCCGGUUCCGGUUUAUCAAUGCGGCAAGCCACGUGUGUCCGCUGCAGCUGCAGAUUGAAGAUCACAUGAUGGAGGUGAUCGCGAGCGAUUCCUUCCAUCUGCAGCCACGCAAAGUUGACACGCUCGUGUCGACGUCUGGCGAGCGGUACGAUUUCGUGCUGGAUGCAAACGGUGUUAAAGACACUUAUUGGGUGCGCUUGCGUUCCCUUGGACCUUGCGCGGACUUGCAGUUGGAGCAGUUUGCCGUGCUAAGGUACACCACUGGGCCGUUUAUUAACGAUGCCUUCCCAACCCGUGCUCCCCCUACGUACGAGGAACCGUUCCGAAACGUUGCCACGGCGAACCAUCCGAAUGCCACCUGUGGACGACCGGAAUUUGGUGACUAUUGUAUUACCGACUUUCAAGCGUACGAUACGGACGAAGAUGUGAUCAACGGAGUGCCUGAUCAUCAGCUAACCUUUGGCUUCUACAACUACCCUGUUAGCUUCGAGAGCAUGUUUGAGUCGAAUCGAUAUGAGCACUAUAUGAAUAUCUACGGUUCGCUAAUGAUGCAAGGAGCGAUCAACAACAUCAGCCUGGCCUACCCACCAUUCUCACUGCUCACCCAGCCGGAGAAAAUCCGCGACGACACAUUCUGCGAUGAGGACAAGCGGCCCGACUCCUGCUCCGAUCGACAGCUCUGCACCUGCACCCAUCGGGUAAAGAUCAACCUCGGCGAUAUCGUAGAGCUGUACAUUCUCGAUCUAACGCCCUCGGUGAACGAUCUCAACCAUCCGUUCCACCUGCACGGCUACCAGAUGUUCGUGAUGGAGAUGAGCCAAGAUCGACGGGUACCGAUUACGCUCGAAAUCGCGCAAAACAUAGCCCGGCAGCGGUUACGGUCGCGCAACACCGUGGCGCUUCCACCGCGCAAGGACACCGUGUCGAUUCCGAGCCGCGGCUACGCACGUGUCCGCUUCCGUGCGGACAACCCUGGCUUCUGGCUGAUGCACUGCCAUUACGAGUGGCACACGGCCGUCGGUAUGGCGCUGGUGCUGCAGGUCGGUGAAACGUCGGAGAUGGUAAAAGCUCCUGCCGACUUCCCCAAAUGCGACAGCUACACACCAGCAGUGGGUCAUCUGCUGCAGGGAAGUCUGUGAGCAAAACCAACCCAAACCAAUCGCAAACAGUCGAAUUUCAGCACACCCACAAACAAACACACACGUAAACGUAAUUUAUUCUAGCUACAACACACGGUGAUAUUUACCGCCAUAAGCCAAUCCGCUUAUCGGUCGCUUCUCAGCUCGCAUUGAUCUAGUGUAAUAAAUUAUUUGAAGCAUCCUCGAACGUUCCCCUCUCACUCCCAUUUCCAGGCUGGGAUUUGAAGGGGAUUGGGAUUCCGAAGCGGCAGCACUGACGUCGCGUCGUAGGAGUACUUCGGUUAUUUAUGUAGUGCAAUGUAAGCAACGGAUUUAUAGGAUACUGUUAGAUACUUGUUAAAAUAGUUGUACAGCUCAAUAAAACUAGUCGUUUCUUGUGAACUCCCAGAAACUUUGAAAUCA